AUGGGCAUAACAGACUUGUUUAAUAAAUCACCACAGCCAGAGACUUAUGAUAAAAAGAAAUAUUACAAGAUUGGGAGAACUUUAGGUUCUGGAACUUAUGGUUCAGUUAAAGAGGCUGUCAAAACAACUACGGGUCAACAAUGUGCAAUUAAAAUAAUUGAUAAGAAAAAAGUACGACAUCAAGAAUCAAUGGUUGAAAAAGAAAUGAGUAUAUUAAGUGGAUUAGAUCACCCGAAUAUAGUAAAAUUUUAUGAUUGGUUUGAAUCAAGAGAUAGAUAUUACUUGGUAUUUGAACUUGCGACGGGAGGUGAGUUGUUUGACAGAUUGGUCGAGCGCGGUAAAUUCACAGAGGCUGAUGCGGUUGGAGUUAUCAGGACUGUACUUGAUGCAGUUAAAUACCUUCAUGAGCAUCAUAUUGUACACAGAGAUUUAAAACCUGAAAAUUUAAUAUAUAAAAGUAAAAGUGAGGAUUCACCUCUUGUUCUUGCAGAUUUUGGAGUAAUAUCAGAUGAUAAUGAUCUUAUGACAACACAUUGUGGAUCACAAGGAUACGUAGCACCAGAAAUUCUUAAGAGAACUGCAUACACUAAAGCUGUAGAUCUGUGGAGCAUUGGACUUUGUGGUUAUCUCCCAUUCCGUUCGGAGGAUCGUUAUGCUUUCUAUGAUGAAGUUACUAAUGCUCGUGUAAGAUUCGAACCACGAUUUUGGAGGAACGUAUCCGAAGAUGCCAAAGAUUUUAUUCGCUGUCUUCUUACUUUAGAUCCUGAAAAACGUCCAUCAGCGAAAGAAGCCUUACAACAUAAAUGGAUGAGUGGUGAGAAUGCGAUGGAUGUAGAUUUAUUAGAAAAUUUCGAUGCUCGUAAAGCCUUUCGCAAGGCUAUUGGUGCUGUACAGGCUGCAGCUCGAAUUCGACGUGAAACGUUUAAAGAUCAUUCCUCUAAUGAUAACUCAAAUCCAAAUCCUGAUGCUGAUGAAAAAAAUAUAUCAAAUACAGUUGAAGAACAUAGUGAUGAUUGA